UUGAUGAGGAAGCGGUGCGACCUGAAGAAGAAGCUGCGGGUGACGUUUGUUGGGGAGGCGGGGCUGGACAUGGGCGGCCUGACGAAGGAGUGGUUCCUGCUGCUGGUGCGGCAGAUCUUCCACACAGACUACGGGAUGUUCACCUACAUGAAGGACUCACGCUGUCAUUGGUUCAGCAGCUGGAAGUGUGACAACUACUCCGAGUUCCAGUUGGUCGGGACUCUGAUGGGUUUAGCAGUUUACAACAGCAUCGCUCUGGACAUCCACUUCCCUCUCUACUGUUACAGGUGUGAGCUGGCUCAUGGUUUGGCCGAGCUGCUGAGCUACGAGGGAAACGUGGAGGACGACUUCUGCCUCACCUUCCAGGUGUUCCAGGAAGAGAUGGGCGUCAUCAAAUCCAACAACCUGAAGCCCGGAGGAGACCGAAUUCCUGUGACCAAGCAGAACAGGAAGGAAUACGUUCAGCUCUACAUCGACUUCCUGUUAAAUAAAUCCAUUUACAAACAGUUUGCUGCCUUUUACCACGGCUUCCACAGUGUGUGUGCCUCCGACGCACUCAUGCUGCUGCGGCCGGAGGAGGUGGAGAUGUUGGUGUGCGGCAGCCCGGAGCUUGACAUGAGCGCCCUGCAGAAAGCUGCUCAGUAUGAAGGAUACAGCAAGACGGACGCCACAGUUCGGUGUUUCUGGGACGUGGUCCUGUCGUUCCCUCUCGAGCUGCAGAAGAAGCUCCUGCACUUCGCCACAGGAAGUGACCGUGUUCCCGUCGGAGGAAUGGCCGACCUCAACUUCAAAAUCUCCAAGAUCGACGUCCCGACUGACUGGUUGCCGAUCUCUCACACCUGCUUCAAUCAGAUCUGUCUGCCUCCGUACAGAACGAGGAAGGAGCUGAAACACAAACUCACCAUCGCCAUCUCCAACGCUGAGGGCUUCGGCCUGGAGUGACACACACACACACAGACAGACACACACACACACACACACACACACACACACACACACACACACACACACACACACACACACACACAGACAGACACACACACACACACACACACACACA